AUGGUCGCUGAAGUCACCGAGCAGCUGCGAGUGUUGGACACGCAAAUCUCGGCAUUGAGUGACUUGGAGAGUAACACGAAUCUUCAGUCAUCCAUGGUGCCGGAUGCUGAAGGCACGACUGAUACCAGCUGCAAGUCUACAAAGACCAGUAUUACCUAUGGGGCUCAGUCCGGCCUCCCACCUCUUCCAAUUCCAAGCCUCGAGGAGACUCUCAACAAAUUCAUCCGUCACUUGGAACCUCUGCAAUCAAAGGACGAUCAUGAGCGUUCUAAACAAACUGUAAUGGAUUUUUUGCAGAAGGAUGGUCCCCGUCUUCAAAAAUUGUUGGUCGAUUAUGACAAGCGCAAACGAGCAUCGGGUGAAAUUGGAUCCUAUGUCGAAGAGUUUUGGAAUGAGAGUUACCUUGCUCCUGAUUCCAGUGUCGUCUUGAACUUGAAUCCUUUCUUUGUGUUGGAGGAUUCUCCGGAUCCCAAGAUUGCCAAGGACCCGAUUCGUCGAGCCAGUGUCUUGUGCUUUGUGGCCAUCAAGAUGGUGUCUCAAUUACGAUUUGAGACCUUGAAACCAGAUCAAUUUCGUGGCAAGGCCUUGUGCAUGGAUCAAUUCAGGGCACUUUUUGCCACGGCUCGAAUCCCCGCCAAGCAAAUAACGGAUACCAUUCAAACAUGGCCGGAUUCCCGACAUGUGGCGGUACUGUGCUGCUCGCAAAUAUACAUCUUUGAAGCCUUGUGGGAAGAUGGACAUUUGGCAGUCGAUGAAGGGGACAUUGUCGAUAUUCUGGGUGCCAUUCAGGCCGAUGCCAAGGAGGCAGAUCCAUAUCAGACGUCUAAGUCGGCAAUUGGAUUGUUGACAAGUAUGGGAAGGAAUCAAUGGGCAGAUGCUCGAGACAAGAUUCGCAAAACAUCAAAACGGAACGAAGAAGCUCUAGAGCUGAUCGAUUCGGCCUUGUUUGUUCUUGUUCUAGAUGACUACAUUCCCAAGAACAAGCAUGAUGCGGCAGCGAAUAUGUUGCACGGAUCUUAUGAUCUGCAGAAACGAGCCAUGGAUAAUACGAAUGAUCUUACUAUUAACUACAAUGACACCGAACAAUUCCAGGCAGGCUCAUGCUCCAAUCGUUGGUACGACAAGAUGCAAAUCAUUGUGUGUGGUGAUGGUACGGCGGGAAUCAACUUUGAACACUCGGCAGUGGAUGGCCAUACAGCCUUGCGGUUCGUGUCUGACAUGUAUGCCGAGACGGUCGUCCAAUUUGCCAGGUCCAUUACCAAACAGAUUCAUUCUUCGGAUACGGUUCCUCAUGUGGUUCAAGCAAAGGUCCAACGAGCCAUGUCGACACUAAAUGCCGCAGGAAAACCCUCUUUGGAUGUAGCACCAAAGAAAAUUGGCUUUGAUCUUGGUGAUGCUACGACCCGGGAAAUAUUCUAUGCGGAAACGGCACUGGGCGAUGAAAUUCUUGCCUGUGAUAUCAGAGUUUUGGAAUUCAAGGACUUUGGAAAAGAAUUUAUUGUCAGCAACAAAAUGAGUCCAGACUCAUUUGUGCAGCUCUCCAUGAUGCUUGCGUAUUAUCGGCUCUACGGGCAAUUGGUGUGCACCUAUGAGCCUGUCUUGACCAAAACUUUCUAUCAUGGGCGUACCGAAGCGAUGCGUUCAGCGACAAUGGAGGCCAAGAACUGUUGCGAGAUUUUCUGCAAUACGUCUAGCAGCUGUGAAGAAAAGGCAGGAGCAAUGCGAUUGGCCACUCAAGUCCAUUCUCAACUCGUGAAAGAAUGUGCCCGCGGAAAGGGUGUCGACCGGCACCUAUUUGCACUGAAGUGUAUCGCAGAGAGAAGGAGAGAGACCAUCCCAUUCUUUGAAUCAGAAGCAUGGAAGGUUCUGGGCUAUACAAUCUUGUCGACUAGUAACUGCGGAAAUCCAUCUCUUCGCCUCUUUGGCUUUGGACCAGUUGUUCCCGAUGGAUUUGGCGUAGGCUACAUUAUCAAAGAUCGGUCAAUCUACUACUCCAUCAGUUCGAAACAUCGCCAGACGUCACGAUAUGCACGCACUUUGGAAGUAACACUCCGUGACAUGGCGGCUACGCUUCAGAGUCAAUCACAGUCGACGAGUUUGAGUAGUCCUACGAGACGGCUCAUGAGGGGACACCGGGCAAAUGGAACCUUUGCGAUCGUUCGAGCAGUCGGGAGUCCUUCCAAUGACGACAACGAAGGGGGUGCAACGACAACAAUUGGAGAGAUGCAAACUUUAAGAUCCAGCAGUGCAACCUUGAGAGACAACUGGGGCGAAUUGACACCUCGGUCCUCUCCCAAGGCUUCAAGACAGGAUCAUGUAGCGCAAAUUGAUGCCUCUGCAGCACCGUCACUCCCUACAAUGUAA